GUUUUAUUUGCAGAGCCAUCUCUUGUUCGGAUCGGCGGCUCGGAGAUCAGGGAUCGCUAGUUCAGACACCUUCUCUUCUUCUUCGUUCUCCUUCGAGGGUUUAGCGUUGUCUAUGCUUAUUCUUUUGCGCCGCUCCGUUUUGGGCUCGAACAGCUUUCUCUUGUUUAUCUGUGUUCGAUUCAGCGAAUUGAUGGUUUCCAUUGUUGCUUCGUUUCUUGUUCACUUUUCAGUGAACUUCAAGAAUUUACCGUCGUUCCAUUGAUUUAGCUAGAAUUGGAUAUAGAAAAGUUUCAGCUUGAGUGGAACUGUCAAAAUCUUCUUAAUCGAGGAAGAGCAAGAUCUUCUUUAAGCAGUCAUGGCCAAGCAUCAUCCUGAUUUGAUCAUGUGCCGGAAACAACCUGGCAUUGCUAUUGGGCGACUGUGCGAGAAGUGUGAUGGAAAAUGCGUCAUAUGUGAUUCCUAUGUCCGCCCGUGUACUCUGGUUAGGAUUUGCGAUGAAUGCAACUAUGGUUCGUUCCAAGGGCGGUGUGUCAUAUGCGGAGGAGUUGGAAUCUCGGAUGCUUACUACUGCAAAGAGUGUACACAACAGGAGAAAGAUAGAGAUGGUUGUCCUAAGAUAGUCAAUCUUGGCAGUGCCAAAACUGAUCUGUUCUAUGAACGUAAGAAAUAUGGAUUCAAAAAACGAUAGUAGUUUGUUGUUACUUGAGCUAUUGAUCUUUUAUUUAUUGAUGCUAGGAAAGUGUCUGUACUUGUCUUGUUUGUGUUAAGGAAAUUUUAUCCGGUGAAGUAAUUUAAGACAUGGGUUCAAACUAAGGAUUAUGGUUUGUUGAUUUAGUCAGCCUUAUUACCAUUGCUAUGGUUGGUUACUGUUUCUUAAGUGGUUGUCAAUUAUGUGAUUGUUAGCGUUUGGUUGUCCAUAAAUAUGAUUCAGUUGG